AUGUCAUACCGAAACACUGAUGUUGCUAACCCUCAGGACCACGUCUAUCCUCAACAACAGCUAGCUCGAUCGAGUCAAGCCCUACAACAUGGGUAUGGUCCUAAGAACAACUACCAAGGACCUCAAGGGACUUUUCCUGGUCAGCAAAUGCACAUACCACCUGGCUUUCCCUACCAACCACCCCAGCCUGCACCUACACCUGAGAAUGAGCUCAAGGCCAUGUUGAAAAAAUUGCUUCAAGGACAAGCUGAUGGUAUUGUGGACACAAGCAAGAAGCUAGCUGAAAUCAACUCCAAGAUUGAGAAUCUCAACACAAGAGUGUACUCUCUGGAAAAUCUUGCUUCUUCUGUUGCUGCUGCUACAAAGCAAGGACAGCUACCUGGUAAAGCCAUUCAGAACCCCAAGGAAUAG